AUGGCUGCGGACAUGAUGUCCUUCUACCCCGGAAACCAACCAGGAGGCACACCGGGGUAUAUCCCCUUACCAUACUAUUGGUGGGAGGCCGGCGCUCUCAUGGGCACGCUAAUCGACUACUGGUACUACACGGGCGACACCUCAUGGAAUGAAGACACCACCGCGGGACUCCUGUUCCAAGUGGGCGAUGAGGCGGACUACAUGCCCCGCAACCAGACCCACACGGAGGGCAACGACGACCAAGGGUUCUGGGGCCUCGCCGUCAUGUCGGCCACCGAGUACAACUUCCCCAACCCGCCGGCGGACAAGCCGCAGUGGCUGGCGCUGGCCCAGGCCGUCUUCAAUACGCAGGCGGCGCGGUGGAACAUGGAGUACUGCAACGGCGGGCUGCGAUGGCAGAUUUUCACUUGGAACAACGGCUACGACUACAAGAACACCAUCUCCCAGGCCUGCUUUUUCGCGCUUGGCGCCCGCCUGGCGUUGUAUACGGGGAACGACACGUACGCGCAGUGGGCCGAGAAGACGUGGGAUUGGACCAGGGGCGUGGGGUACAUCGACGACCAGUGGAAUGUCUACGACGGCGCGCACAUCCACGACAACUGCAGCGAGCUAACGCCGUACCAAUGGACGUACAACAUCGGAGGGUUCGUGCUAGGCGCAGCGGCCAUGUACAACUACACCGAAAAGCAGGUCUGGAAGGACCGGGUCGACGGCCUGCUCAACGGCUCGGCGAUCUUCUUCAAGGGAGACAACAACGACAUCAUGACGGAAGUGGCUUGUGAACCCGUCGAUAGGUGCAACAUCGACCAGCAGUCCUUCAAGGCCUACCUUAGCCGGUGGCUCGCCAAUGUCGUUAAGUGGUACCCGGAAUCCGCCGGGAGGAUCAUGCCGUGGCUACGCGCCUCGUCCAUCGCCGCCGCCAAGCAGUGCACUGGCGGCGACAACGGCCGCAUGUGCGGUCUCAAGUGGAACAACAACGGCACCUGGGACGGAUCGACGGGGUUGGGACAGCAGAUGGCGGCGCUGGAGGUUACGUUGGCGAAUCUGAUCGACCAGUCGCGGAGGCCCGUCACGGCCGAUUCGGGAGGCACGAGUGUGGGGAAUCCGGACGCCGGCACGAACGAUAUCGGGCGGGAAACAAGCGUUACGUUCAGGCCCAUAACGACGGGUGAUCGCGCCGGCGCGGGGAUCCUCACGGCCCUCGUGCUCAUGGGGCUUGUCGGUGGUAUGGUCUGGGUGCUCUCAGAAGACAACGAGGGGAAGAGUAAGGCCCUGGGUCAACUGCCCGGUCAGUUCAGCUCCGCUCUCGCGUCGCUCGGAAUUGGCGGGGCCGUCGCAGGUCGUCAUCUCAUGGGCGGUCUUGGGAAGGGCAAGGAGAAGGAGUCGAUCGACUCGAUGGAGAAAGUAGGCGGCGUCGCCGAGCACACGAGCGAGGCUUCGAUUCAGCAGGGUGAGGUGCUGUCUCCUGUCCAGAUGCCUCCUCCGGCUGCGACUGCUCCUACUCCCGUGAGCGUUAGCGUUAGCGCCAUGACGGGAGGGUCUGGGUCGAGCGCGGAAGGGAGUGAUGCGUGGGUGCCGGCUGAGAGGGGCUCGCAAAGAUCGUCGAGGAGAAAUCUGGAUGUAUAA